CCGUACGAUACCGCACACGGAAACCGAUCACACGGCGAUACGACCACUCGCCAACCAUCGCAAUGGGUAUCUGGGACACUUUCUCCGAAAUUGUUGAGGCGGUGACGCCAUGGAGUGUUGUGGAGGCCGAGGCUCCGGCUGAGGAACCCAAGGAGGCUCCCGAGGCCCAGGUAGAGGAGACCAAGGAAGAGCCUGAGGAGGAACCCGCCGCCGAGGAAGAGGAGGAGGAAGAGGAAGAGGAGGACGAGGAGGAGAUCAAGGACCCCAAGGAGGAGCUCGAGGAAGAGUGCAAGAACUCCCCCCAGUGCUCCCCCGCCAAGCACCACUUCGACGAGUGCGUUGAGCGAGUCCACCAGCAGGAGAGCGAGGGCGAGGCCAAGGAGGAUUGUGUUGAGGAGUUCUUCCACCUGGCUCACUGCGCCUCCGCAUGCGCCGCCCCUAAGCUGUGGUCCAAGCUGAAAUAAAUGUUCCUUGAAACAAAAUGAACCAUACACCCCGACGAAGCAUGCUCGAAAGCAAGGAAGGGGUUAAAAAAAAAGGAUGUCGACGUAGCGGGCAAAAAGGCUCAAUUACCGUGUUGGGGGUAUGCAGGUUCAUUAUAUGAUCAACUCUUCUGAUGGUCAACGACAACUACAGCAGCUUUGCCAUCUCGGCGGAGCUGCCCUGUGUGUAAUCUUACGCUCAGCGAGCCAUGAAAAUAGAAUUUUUCUCUCUUGGUUG